AUGGCCGAUUCGGAUGACUUCUACGAGGCUAGUGAUGGUGAUUUUGAUGAUGAGUUUGCAACUGAAUAUGACAACGAGUACGAGGAUCCCUACAUGUGUUAUGAUGUACCUCAAAACACACCAACAACUUCUGAGGAUCACAGUCAAUAUUUCAAUGUGGAUGUUGAGUUUGAAAUAGGGAAAGAAUUAGUGGUAUGGGCAAAAAAAACGGAUGCUACUCACGGUCAUCGAUUGAUAGUAACUUCAAGCCAAAAAAACGUUUAUGUAGUAAUUAGAUGUCAUGUGUCUAGGAAGGGACGUAAAAAACCAACCGAAGGUGUGAAGCAACGAAAUGUGGGAACAAAGAAAUGUGGAUGUCCGUUUCGUAUAUACUGUAGCGGAAAUCAAUACGGUGGACUAUGGCGAAUGAAUUUAAAAAAUAGCAUCCACACUCACGCGACGCUACCGUAUCUUAACGGACAAGGACCGGAUAGUCGUUUGACACUAGAAGAAUACGAGGUAGUGAAGUUACUUAGAAGGAGCCACGUGAAGCCGGCAUUAAUUAUGGAUCGAUUGAGGAAGGAUAAUCCACAGACAUCGACGAGCGUGAAACAUGUCUACAACCAACUUGAGAAGAUGAAGAAAGAGAAUAUGGUGGGGAAGACUGUGAUACAACACGUGAUGUCGAAUCUUCAAGAAUCUGGAUAUGAAUAUCGGUAUCGAAGUAAUGAAGCUGGUGAUACACUUACUGAUUUGAUGUUUGCCGCUCCUAUUUCAUUGAAACUUUUGCGGUUAUUCUCUCACGUUGUAUUGAUGAACUGCACUUACAAAACCAAUAGGUAUGUGAUGCCACUUCUAGAAAGAGUUGGGAGCACCCCUGUUGGUUUCAAUUUUACAAUUGUUGUUGCUUUCAUGUCACAUGAAGAUUCAGACACAUGUGCAUGA